AUGCAUUUCAUUCCUUAUUUCUAUUACAUCGUAUUUAAUACUUUCUUUUACUUAAUAUGUGAUGCAGUUAAUAAUGAUGAGACUGAGGAUUUAUCGGCAAAUGACAUAGCUGAAACGCUUAUUAGAGUAUUUGGUGCUGAUUUGGAAAGUUCUAGAAUAACAGAAUUAAAAGAUAAAUUGAAGAAAAUAGAUAGUUAUGUCAUCGAUAAAAAUAAAUACACAGAACUACUUAAGAAUAUAACUACUGAAACUGAUUUAAAUCAAACUAACUUCUUUACAGCAUUGUAUAAAAGAGACAAUUUUAAUUUUCUUUUCAAUAAUAAUACGAAAAAUUUAUAUUUAAAGCUUAAACAAAAUAUCAAUAGAGACGAUAUCGUUAAAAUAUUAUCUGAAAAGGGAAAUACAAGUAAUUUAUUUAAAUCAGCAAGGAAAGCGAUUGGAAUUGAUUACUUGAACAGAGGUGGUGAUGAUAGUGAAAGCGACACUAUGUUUGACACGAUUGUUGAUGAAUUUAUCGCUGAAUCUCCAAAGGAUAAACACAAACAUGAUUUAAAAGAUAAUGAGAACAUUUAUUGGGACCCUCAAGGCGAGCUAGAAGAUCUUAAAGAGUAUCACCAACAUGACGGACGGCGUAUAUUUAAAGGAGAAAGAACAAUAAUAAAGAACUAUCCGUUCAUGGUAUCAGUGCACGUGAUGGGACGGUUCUGGUGCGGAGGCUCACUGUACUGGCAUGAUUUGGUGCUUACCUCUGCUGCCUGCUUACAGUUGAUGCACAACAACCGCUUCUUUCGGGAAAACCCCAAUGUUCUUAAAGUAAGGAUUGGCAGCAAUCACAGCAGAAUUGGUGGCGAGAUGGUGGACGCACUUGAGGUAUAUUUCCACCCUUCAUACAAUCCACGUACACUGCAAAAUAAUAUCGCCGUGAUACGUCUUCGGUAUCAUCUCUUCUUUAGCUACCAUCGCACGCCGAAGAUCAUCGCUAUAUCCCACAGUCCUGGUAGUAUACCGGAUACCGCGGAAGUUUUACUUCUCGGAUGGGGAGUUAAAAAGCACGACGCCGGUGGCCCCGCAAUAGUAGCUGGAAAAUUAGUCGGGAUUAUCUCAUUCGGUCCUUCGAUUUGUGGGUUCCCUAAUGCGCCGACCGUAUUCACAUUAGUCGGAGCCUUCGCUGAUUGGAUAGAGAAGAUCAAAGAAACUAUGCCAAGCUACUAUAUUGGGAAGAAGGGCACAACAACCCGCAUCCCGUAUGGUGAAUACCAGCAAACGCAGCAGCAGCAGCGGUCGCAGUUUUAUACACGGUUCACUUCGUCAGCUGGUAUGAACGGGGUAGUCACCACCAGCGCCACGCUUGACCAGCCCACUCUGACCACUGAGACCGGUGCCUUACGGAGCAAGAAGUCUAAAUUUGUUGAUUUUACUUCCGGAGAUGAUACGAGUUCGGAGUAA